CCUGUGCAAAUAAAGUGUUUGAACGGGUAUUCAUCUAGGUGCACAGACCUGAAGAAAUAAGGGAACAGGUGUACGAGCCUCAUGAGAAUGAAACAAAACUUUGGGACGUCAUAAGAACCUGGGAAUAAUGGUGGGCUGACUAUCUAAAGGAGCUUUAGUCUUUCUAUGGAAAAAGCAUUACAAUCGAGACGAUUUAUUGUUCUGGUUUUGUUUUUGAAAUGUGCUGGAUUGCCAUCUUGAAUACUACAUACUCUGACAAUAACCUGGGCUGGUCUUGAAAAAAAGCUGUGUGAUGUCACUCGCAAUGAAAGCAAGACAGAAAGGGAAAAAGAAAUCCGGAAAGGACAAAGUCUUUGGAUGUGACUUGGUGGAACAUUUACAGUUGUCUGGACAAGAAGUUCCACAGGUAUUAAAAUGCUGCACCGAAUUUGUGGAAGAGCAUGGAGUAGUAGACGGAAUUUACCGACUGUGCGGGAUCGCUUCCAAUGUGCAGAAAUUACGGCAGGAAUUUGAAACAGAUCGACUCCCUGAUAUGAACAAGGACACAUACUACCAAGAUGUACAUUGUGUCAGUUCCCUCUGCAAAGCAUAUUUCAGACAACUGCCGAACCCACUGUUAACAUAUCAGCUGUAUGACAAGUUUGCUGAUGCUGUAGCAAUACAACUUGAGCAAGAACGAUUAGUGAAGAUAAAGGAUGUGCUGAAAGACCUUCCACGUCCUCAUUACAGAACCCUGGAGUAUCUCAUGAGGCAUCUGGUUCGAAUGGCUUCCUUCAGCUCACAAACAAACAUGCAUGCAAGGAAUCUAGCCAUAGUCUGGGCUCCGAACUUGCUCAGGUCCAAGGAUAUUGAAGCAUCUGGGUUCAAUGGCACUGCAGCAUUUAUGGAGGUUAGAAUCCAGUCCAUUGUGGUGGAAUUUAUCUUGACACACGUGGAGCAGCUCUUCGGGGACACACCACUUGGAAAUGGGAAUGAAACAAAUGCAUCCUCUCCUGAAGAUUAUUUCCGUUCUCUAUCCUACAAUAUACCAAGCAUGCUGAAUCAAGGGGAUGGACCUCCCCAAAUCCGCCCAUACCACACUAUAAUAGAUAUCGCUGAUCAAAAAAGGAAGGGUUCGAUAAAAACAAGGAAAUGGAGAUCAAUCUUCAACCUUGGUCGAUCUAAUAACGACUCGAAGCGCAAAACCAACAAGCAGGACGAUAAAGAAAUAACUGAAAAAAUGAACCUACGGCCAGCCAAAAGUAUGGAUUCCCUCAGUUCUGCACCGUAUACAACAGAUGUUUUGGAUUUGGGGCACAGCAGGCUUGUGAGAACAAGGUCUCCUAAAAUUCUGAUUCCAAUACGGAGGGAAAGUUUUGAAUCUCAAUCCAAGCAAGGGAACAGUUGUCCAGUACUGGACUCUGAAGAUCAAGACACCCAGCUAGAUGUAAUGCAGCCACCCAGCUUAGAAUUUGAUGAAGAGCCUUUGGCCAAAUCAGAACCGACAACGCCCAAACCAGCAAGGCACUCUACUACGGCACAUCCACAAGGACGAUCACCUAAAAGCACUCAUAAUCGAGCAGAAAAGUGUGUGGGAGUUCACAUUUCUGGUCCAUUUUCAGUAACUCUCCCAUUCCAUAUCACUUCCAACUUAUCCCGUCUCACAAGAGGAAUGGAGUGUCCAAGUCUAAUCUAUAAUCCUUUACAAAUUUCUGAAAAAUCAUUUGCACAGGAAGAAAGUCACUCUGAGACCAGUCUUGGAAUAUCAAGUCCGGUGCCUGAAAAUGAAAAAGACGAACCAUUUUAUUUACAAACCGAUACAAAGGAAAAUGUGCCACUCGAGGGGGAAGAACCGAAGGACACAAUGGCUUUGAAAGUGGAACUUAAUCUACCAGCAGCAGAGGAGCAAAAUGCAAAAGAACAAAACUCUCUGAAGGUGGACAAUGAUGAGAUCUCACUUGAUUUCCAAGAAACAUUUUCCUUUUUAGACAGCCAGGACAUAAAUCCAGAGUGUCCAGAUGAGAAAAUGUCAGGAUAUACUGCAAGCUAUAACCAUGGCGACAGCGAUAUUUUAGAGGAUGAACUGGGCAGUGUUUACAUGUCAGACUGUGUGCAGGCAAAAGAAUUUUCUGUAGAGCCUCCACCUGAUGAGUUAUCUACAGAUGAUGAAGAUCAGAUGUAUUUCAUACCAACAGGUUGCUAUGAUAUCGAAGAUCAGUCUAGAGAAAUUGAAGAUUCAGAAGAGAUUUUUCACAGUGCUUAUGACGAUCUUAGUCCUUUAUGUCAAGAACUGGGACCGCCAUUUACAUUUUUAAAUGUCAAAGAAACAGAUUCGUUUAAAGAUGCCACUGAGUUGGAAAAACUAAAUUCUCUGCAACCAAACGAAGAAAGUCUACAAACAGAACCCAAACUAGAGCCUACUGUAGGCCACGAAAAAGAAAAGAGCUCUAAUUUAAAAGACUCUUUAACUCCAAAUAUUGCUUAUGAUGAAGAGUCAAUGGCAGCUUCAGAUAGUGAGACCUGUGGACAACUCCUAACUCUAGAGAAUGAGUGUUCUUUGGAAAUCAUUGCGGAUUCAAAAUCCAAAAAUGAACUUGAAAUCCAACCUGAAGAAGAGGAUGAAAAUGUCAGUUGUCCAAGUAUGUUAGAGUUAGAAAACGGUUUGUUGUCUGACAAAGUUUCAGAAGUUUUUCAUGUAGAAACAAAUGAUCCAGCAUUGCCAAAUGAACUCAACUCAGACAGUGAGACCUGUGCACAACUCCUAACUCUAGAGAAUGAGUGUUCUUUGGAAAUCACUGAGGAAAUCAUUGCGGAUUCAAAAUCCAAAAAUGAACUUGAAAUCCAACCUGAAGAAGAGGAUGAAAAUGUCAGUUGUCCAAGUAUGUUAGAGUUAGAGAACGGUUUGUUGUCUGACAAAGAUUCAGAAGUUUUUCAUGUAGAAACAAAUGAUCCAGCAUUGCCAAAUGAACUCAACUCUUUGGAUAUACAAAGUGUACUUCAUGAAAACCAGGCAGAAAAUCAAGAUGAGACACAGUUCCAUCUUUCUCUGGAGGCUGAUAGCAGUAUCUUAGACAAUAUAAUGAAAUGUAAUGGUCUAGGUGAAAUCCAAGAAUCCACAAUGCAAAUCCCUGACAACAUUCUACUAACUGAAUGUGAAACCUUUGCUCAGCAAGACAAAAUUAUAGAGUUUGAAGCACUUAAAGACAUCCAGAAAUGCCCCGUACAGAAAUACACAGUGUCAACCUACCCUGCCUCUAAAGCUGAGCAACACUGCAAAUUGGUUAAUGGGAUGUACCCUGAUGGAGGUGCUUCAAUGAAACUUGCUUCCAUAUUGCCUAAAAUACAGCAGGUAAAGUCUGUUCCUGUUGUACCCCCAAAGCCACAGUUUGCAAAGCUGCCUCCUGCUUUGCGUAGUAAAAUUCAUGUUGGCUCAGCAUCCUCCACCAACAAAGACACCAAGCACCAAAUAACUGAAACAAUGAACAGUUCAGAGACUGCAGAGUUAAAUAAUGACUCUCUUAAAAAGCAAAGGUAUUCUGGCUGGAAAAGUGGAGUGAGUAUAUCAUUUGAUACUGCUGUUGCUCUUGCUAAAGAGCGUCAGAUGUCCCAAUGUCCAGUAAGAAGAAUGCAGACCUACUGCAUUGGAGAAACAUAUGAGAUAGACAGUACAAAGAUGGAGAACAGCCUAGGCCUCCAGAAACCAUGCCUAAAAUUAGGCAGUAGCAGAAUAAAUAGACCUCUAAGCUGUCUGGGGUCUCUCAGCUGUACAGAAGAGGCCAAUAAAGAAUGUAGCCAUUUAAAAGACAUGCCCACAAGUCCAGUAGGCAUGUAUGGAUCUCAUUCAGUUUUAGGUCAGGAAUCUUGGCCUAAAGCACAGAAUCAUUCAGCCCGGAACAGAAUGAGUUUGCCCAGGAUUGGGAAACAGUCCAGUAUCGAAGAACCACCUGAUUCUUGCCAAAACCAGCGAAGAUCACUGCUAUAAACUGCUUAUUCCAGUUUUACUAUUCAUAUUCUAUUUUAUGUACCUUUUGAGUGUACAUGGGGACCUAGAAAUAAGAAUAUCAGCUCUGUAUAAUGAAUGAUUAUCUUCAUACUUUC